AACAACAACAACAACUACAACUGCAACUACAGCUACAAGUACAACAACAACUACUCUAACAAGCACAAUAACUACUACUACUACAACUACAAUUACAACAACAACAGUAACUACACCAACAACGGCAACCACGUCCUCGACAACAACAACAAUUACAGAAACAACAACAACAACAACAACAACAACAACUACAUCUACAACUACAACUACAACUACAACAAUAACUACUCUAACAACCACAACUACUACAACUACUACUACAACAACAAUAACGACUACAACAAUAACAACUACAACAACAACGGAAACUACACCAACAACGGCAACCACAUCCUCGUCAACAACAACAACAACAACAACAACAAUUUUAACUAAAAAUACACCUACAACUACAACUGCAACUACAACUACAACAACAGCCACCACAACAACUGCAAUUUCAAAUACUACUACAACUACAACCACAACUGUAACAACAACAAUAACUACAAAUCCAAUAACAACUACAAACACAACAACAACUACAACUACAACUACAACAACAACAUCUACAACUGAAAAUGCGACUACAACUACAAAUACGACUACAACAACAACCACUACAACAACUGCAACUU